AUCGUGCACGUAUCACAUCGCUCCGAGCUCUCUCGUCAACCUCAUUCGGAUUCCGGAUUGCGUUCUGUAAAAACAUUCAAAAUGUUGACAUCGACUUUUUUAAUUUAAACUUUAUUUCAGUUUAUCGGGAAAAGUCUUGGAGCGGAAAGACCGCACAGACGAAAACAUCACUGCAUUAACUGCAGGGAAAGUGUAGCGUUUGAAUCAUGAAGCGCAGUAAGCACCGUGGACACAAACAAGACAAAAAUGGAGAUGAGCCUGCUAUCCUGGAGACACAGAACCUGGACCGCCAGGCCAUGUUCACUGGUGGACGCUUUGACCCCGACACCGUCUCUCUGGCGUCGGUUACCGCUGUUACCACUAACGUGUCCAACAAGAGGUCCAAACCUGACAUCAAGAUGGAGCCCAGCUCUGGACGUCCUGUGGAUUACCAAGUGAGCGUUAGUGUAAUCGAGGCCCGGCAGCUAGUGGGUCUCAACAUGGAUCCCAUGGUGUGCGUGGAGAUCGGGGAAGAGAAGAAAUACACGUCCAUGAAGGAGUCCACCAAUUGUCCCUAUUACAAUGAGUAUUUUGUCUUUGAUUUCCACGUCGCUCCGGAUGUGAUGUUUGACAAGAUCCUCAAGUUGUCUGUCGUCCACUCUAAAAACCUCCUGCGAAGUGGUACACUGGUGGGGACUUUUAAAAUGGACGUCGGCACCAUUUACUCCCAACCAGACCAUCAGUUUAACCACAAAUGGGCUUUGCUCUCUGACCCGGACGACAUCACGGCCGGGUGCAAGGGUUACGUCAAAUGCGACGUGGCCGUGGUCGCCAAGGGAGACACCAUCAAGACCCCACACAAGCCCAGCGAGUCGGAUGAAGACGACAUCGAGGGCAACCUGCUGAUCCCGGAUGGGGUCCCUGCAGAGCGCCAGUGGGCUCGCUACUAUUUAAAGGUGUACAGGGCCGAGGGGCUCCCAAGGAUGAAUACGAGCAUCAUGGCUAACGUCAAAAAGGCAUUCAUCGGGGAGAACAAAGACCUGGUGGACCCCUACGUGCAAGUGCACUUUGCUGGGCAGAAGGGUAAGACGUCGGUCCAGAAGAGCUGUUACGAGCCCAUAUGGAACGAGCAGAUCGUGUUCACUGAGAUGUUCCCGCCACUGUGCAAACGUAUGAAGAUCCAAAUCCGAGACUCGGACAAAGUCAACGACGUGGCCAUGGGGACUCAUUUCCUGGAUUUGAGGAAGAUCUCCAAUGACGGUGAUAAAGGUUUCCUCCCCACACUUGGCCCCGCCUGGGUCAAUAUGUAUGGCUCCACGCGCACAUACACGCUAAUGGACGAGUACCAGGAGCUGAAUGAAGGCCUGGGCGAGGGCGUGUCCUUUCGGGCACGCCUGCUCAUCAACCUUGGCGUGGAGAUCUUGGACCCGUCCUCGCCCGAGACUUCCAGCUCCACCGAGGUGCAGUUGGAAAGUAUCCCUAACAUCUCAGAGAACGCAACUGGGAAAAUGGAGGAAUUCUUCCUCUUUGGCUCCUUCCUGGAGGCCACCAUGAUCGACAGGAAGAUUGGAGACAAGCCCAUCCACUUUGAGGUCACAAUAGGUUACUAUGGCGAUGAAAUGGAUGGUGCCAUCCAGCACAAAUCACAAGGCAAGAAAAAGGCCGACGGUGAGGACGAGACAGAACUCAUCCGGGACUCUAGCGAGGACGAACUGGAUGGUGAUGGCGACCUGCAGUCCGUGGCGACCACUCCGCCCGUCAAGCCCGUCGUCACCGACCGAAACUACUUCCACUUGCCGUAUUUUGAGCGCAAGCCAUGCAUCUAUAUCAAGAGUUGGUGGCAGGACCAGCGGCGGAGGCUGUACAACGCCAACAUCAUCGACAACAUCGCUGACAAACUGGAGGAAGGUCUGAACGAUGUGCACGAGAUCAUCAAGACAGAAAAGGCGUAUCCUGAACGCAGGCUGAGGGGCGUCUUGGAGGAGCUCAGCCACAGAUGCAGUCAGUUUCUGGUGCUGGCGAAUACCGACCAGAACCUGUCGGGCAAAACCAAACUGGACCGGGAACGACUCAAGCUGUGCAUGUCCGAAGUGGAGGCGGUCGGCCAGCAGGCCAAAGCUAUGCGGUCCCAGGUGAAGAAGAGCACGGUGAGAGAGAAAGUCAAGCUGACGCAUAACUUCCUCCAAAAGCUCCGCUUCCUGGCAGAUGAACCUCAACACAGCGUACCAGACGUUUUUAUCUGGAUGAUCAGCAACGGGAAGCGUAUUGCGUACGCUCGCGUUCCUUCAAAAGAUAUCUUAUACUCCGGGAUGGAUGAGGAGCGAGGGAAGGACUGCGGCAAAGUCAAAACCAUCUUCCUGCGGAUCCCCGGCAAGCGAGGUUUUGGCUCCGCGGGCUGGACAGUGCAGUCCAAGAUUGAGAUUUACCUGUGGUUGGGUCUGAACCGCCAACGCAAAGACUACCUGUGUGGACUUCCCAACGGAUUCGAGGAGAACCGGCUCGCCAAAGAACCCGUCUCGCCAUUCUCGCCGCCCAUCAGCCUCACUUAUAUGAUGAAGCAGAUAUUCCAACUGAGGGUGCACAUGUAUCAAGCUCGCAGCCUCUUUGCCGCCGACAGCACCGGACUUUCGGAUCCAUUCGCACGUGUCUUCUUCUCCACGCAAAGCCAAGUCACAGAGGUGCUGCCAGAGACGCUUUGCCCGACAUGGGAUCAACUGCUGCUGUUCGAAAACGUGGAGCUGUUCGGCGAGGCUAACGAACUGCGAGAUGACCCCCCCAUUAUAGUCAUUGAGCUCUACGAUCAAGACACGGUGGGCAAAGCGGACUUCAUGGGCAGAACCUUCGCCAAGCCGGUGGUGAAGAUGGCGGAGGAGCAUUACGGACCACCGCGCUUCCCCCCUCAGCUGGAGUACUACCAGAUCUACCGAGGGAACGGCAUGGCUGGGGAGAUGCUGGCUGCCUUUGAGCUGCUGCAGAUUGGCCCUAACGGCAAAGCGGACCUCCCUCCCAUUGAUGGACCGGCAGAUAUGGACCGCGGCCCGCUGCUUCCCGUUCCGAUGGGAAUCAGACCUGUUCUCAGCAAGUACAGAAUAGAGGUUUUAUUUUGGGGCUUGCGGGACCUGAAGAGGGUCAACUUGGCUCAGGUGGACCGUCCUCGUGUGGACGUGGAGUGCGCUGGAAAGGGGGUUCAGUCGGCCCUCAUACCCAACUACAAGAAGAACCCCAACUUCAGCACGCUGGUCAAGUGCUUCGAAGUUGAUUUGCCAGAGAACGAGCUGCUACACCCGCCCCUAAACAUCCGCGUUGUGGACUGCAGGGCAUUCGGCCGCUACACGCUGGUUGGCUCCAACGCCGUCACUAGCCUUAGGAAGUUCAUUUACAGACCCACUGACAAACAGGCCAACAACUGGUCCAACACAGAGGAAAUCAUCGUCGUCAACAUGGAACCUGAGCCCAGUUUUAAGAAGAUGGACACAGUGGUCAAAUUAGAUUCGUGCUCUGACGCUGUGGUAAAGGUUGAGGACGACGACAAAGAUGAAAAAGGAAGGAAGAAGAAGCGGAAGAAGGGCGACGAGACGGAAGACGACGGCCUGGACGAGAGCAUGCUGGACUGGUGGUCUAAAUAUUUUGCCUCCGUUGAGACGCUGGCAGAAGCGCUUAAAGGUCAGGAGGGGGCACUGUCGGAUUCAGAGGAGAAAGAAGACGCAGACCUGGCAGAUGGUGGAGACAUCAAACCUGAUGACUCUCCUGUAAAAGGCAGCAGGAGAGGCAAAGGGAAGAAGGACAAAAAGAAGACCAACGUCGACCCGGCUGAUAAGAAAAAGGCCAAGCUGGAUGAGCUUAAAGUCUACCCCAAAGAGCUGGAGAGUGAGUUUGACAACUUUGAAGACUGGCUGCACAGUUUCAACCUCUUUAGGGGCAAAGGCGGCGACGAUGAUGACCAGAAUGGCUCAGACGAAGACAGGAUUGUUGGGAAAUUCAAGGGCUCACUAUGCCUGUACAAAGUGUCCGAUGAGCUGCCCAGAGACUUUGACUCCAACAUGGGGAUGUUCCAGAAUAUUCCGCACAACGACCCCAUCAAUGUGCUGGUGCGAGUUUACGUCAUCAGGGCGACCGAUCUUCACCCGGCGGACAUUAACGGCAAAGCCGAUCCAUACAUCGCCAUCAAACUAGGAAAGAAUGAAGUGAAGGACAAAGAAAAUUACAUCUCCAAACAGCUCAAUCCGCUGUUUGGAAAAUCGUUCGACAUCGAGGCCACCUUUCCAAUGGACUCCACGCUCACCGUGUCCAUCUACGACUGGGACCUGGUGGGCACCGAUGAUCUGAUUGGUGAAACCAAACUGGACUUGGAAAACCGCUUCUACAGCAAGCACAGGGCCACCUGCGGCAUCACAGCUAGCUACACCACCCACGGUUACAACAUUUGGCGAGACCCAAUGAAACCCACUCAGAUCCUGGCAAAGCUGUGCAAGGACGGCAAAUUGGACGGGCCUCACUACGGACCUGGUGGACGGGUCAAAGUGGAGAACCGCGUUUUCAUGGCGCCCACAGAGAUAGAGGAUGAAAACGGUCUAAAGAAGCAAACCAAUGAGCACCUGGCGCUGACCGUGCUCAAGCACUGGGAGGAAAUACCGCGGGUUGGCUGCAAAUUGGUACCGGAGCACGUGGAGAACAGGCCGCUCCAUCACCCGGACAAACCGGGAAUUGAACAAGGCAGAAUUGAGAUGUGGGUGGACAUGUUCCCCAAGGACAUGAUGGCACCUGGUCCUGCCCUUGACAUUUCACCCAGGAAACCAAAAAAGUUUGAGCUGCGGGUCAUCAUUUGGAACACAGAUGAAGUAGUACUGGAAGACGAUGACAUCUUCACCGGGGAGAAAUCCAGUGACAUAUUCGUCAGGGGUUGGCUCAAGGGGCAGCAGGAAGACAAGCAGGACACAGAUGUCCACUACCACUCCAUCACCGGCGAGGGCAACUUCAACUGGCGCUUUAUCUACCCCUUUGACUACCUGAUGGCUGAGGAGAAGAUCGUCAUCUCCAAGAAGGAGUCCAUGUUUGCCUGGGAUGAGACAGAGUACAAAAUUCCGGCCCGCCUAAACCUACAAGUGUGGGACGCCGACCACUUCUCGGCCGAUGACUUCCUAGGUGCAAUCGAGCUGGACCUGAAUCGUUUCCCGCGCGGCGCCAAGACAGCCAAACAGUGCACUAUCGAGAUGGUGACCAACGAAGCCGACAUGCCCACUGUGUCCAUCUUCAAGCAGAAGAGGAUCAAAGGAUGGUGGCCUUUUGUGGCUCGAAACGAGGAUGACGAGUUUGAACUCACCGGCAAAGUAGAGGCAGAACUUCAUCUUCUGACUGGUGAAGAGGCAGAAAAAUGCCCAGCGGGGGAAGGUCGCAACGAGCCGGAACCUCUGGAGAAACCCAACCGUCCUGACACCAGCCUUCUGUGGUUCCUCACUCCCUUCAAAGCUGUUAAACACUUGGUGUGCACGCAGUACAAGUGGCUGGCCAUCAAGAUUGUCACGGCUCUCCUGAUGCUGGCCCUGCUAGCAAUUUUCCUCUAUAGCAUGCCGGGUUACAUGGUCAAGAAAAUGCUGGGAGCCUGACAACCUCAAAAAACAAAAAACAAAAAGCAGGUUCCGGCACUUUUCACUUAUAACCCGCUAGCUGCCUCUUUGACCGCUGCCCCCACUCCCUCCACUCUCCUUCCAAACUUUUCUUGUUAUGUACGCUGAGUUGUAACUGUUACAGAAAGGAGCAACAGUACAUUUCAAGAUGAUGUACGAUACAAGAUGGUGUGAUAUCAAAUGAAAUAGUAUAGUGCAACAUGAUACAGCAAAUAGGCCAGUCACCGGUGUUGUUUUUGGCAGCCCUUCUAAUUUUCGUCUUAGUCUUUUGGAUGAUAACACAGUACUUAUUAGCCUUAGUCAUAUUUAAGUCGUCUCGAAAUGUGUUUUUUUUGGGUCUAAUUUUUGCUGACCAAAAACUCAAGACUAAUUUCGUCUAGUUCUAGUCAACCAUUUUUAAAAAUGUUUUGGUCUGUAAAAUAAAAUAAAAAAAAACCUUCAAAAAUAAAUAAAUCAAUACUACAAUUUUCGCACUAUAAGGCGCACCUGAUUAUAAGCCGCCACCCACCAAAUUUGGCACGAAAACGGCAUUUGUUCAUAAAUAAGCCGCACUGGACGAUAAACCGCAGCUGUCGUCACUUUAUUAUGUGAUCGCUGGAUGGAAAGAUAUUAACCGGUUACACUUUAUUUGACAGCAACAUAAUAUAACUGUUAUAAAACCCAAUGAACCACCACGAAGAUUUGAACCAAUUGGCAGCAAACCUUCAUUGCUUCAAGAAGCUUCAUUUGGCCAUCACUGCUCCCUUGGUGGAGUCAGUCAACCUCUGCUGCCACCUGCUGUCAACACUGUUGUUGUUCAACAUGCCUCCUAGCAUGCAUUGCAGUGCUACCGAUGUAUGUAAUGAUCAAAAUUCAUGUUGUGUGUUCUGUGCUAAUUAUUUCUUCAGUUGCUGUUCCAGUUGUUUCAUUAAUCACUAGUUAUGGUAUUUGGUAACACUUUAUUUGACAGUUGCGCCAUAAGACUGCCAUUAGACAAUCAUAAUAAUCAUAAUUAUGACAUAACACUGUAAUGAGCAUUAACGAAUGCUUAUAACAGAUGUCAUUUAGUGUUAUCCGGCAAAUUAUCUCACUUUUGAAUGGAUGUAAAAGAUCCAAGCAGGGCAUAAAUGGAUGACGGUCUUAUGACAGUCAUAUGAUGCCGCUGUAAAAUAAUGUGUUACCUAUUAACCCAAAUAAAUCAACAAAUAAACUGCUCUGGACUAUAUGCCGCAGGAUUCAAAAUGAAGGAAAAAAAGUAGCGUCUUAUAAUCCGAAAAUUACGGUAAAGGUUUCCAACUAUUUCAAAUGAACAUUGACAGAUGAGCACAUAUUGUAGCAUCUACAAGGACAACGCCAACUUGGUGAUACAUAUAUUAUAUAUAAACACUAAUCAGGAAAACGGUACAUUAUUUUCAGUUACGUAUUUAUACCCACCAGGACGCCACGAACCCUAUGUUAAAAAAAAA